AUGAGUCUUCAAGGCAAGGACCCCGACGAGACCAAAGAGAAAGCGUACGGGUACAAGCUUCGCGAUCUGUCAGGAUCAGAGGUGCAGCAGUUUCCAGGGCUGAAAAGAGAUCAUUGGUGGCAACUAUGGCGACCCAGAAACAGCCCUCCACCUCCUAAAGCUACGCUAGAGGAAGCAGAUGAGAUUCCGUUGGCUACCGCAUCCAUCUUAAGCAAGCUCACCUUCCAGUGGGUCACUCCGAUCAUGAUCAAAGGCUAUCAACGACCUCUUCAGGCUACGGAUCUGUGGAAGGUGACUGACCACACAGCAUUACCUCUGUCUACCCGGUUUCUCGAGGCCUUGGAAUUGCGCCAAACAGCAGCACAGGAAUGGAACGAGCGACUUUCGACGAUAGACCCCAGUAUGUAUCUCAGAGCGAUUUGGUUCCUCAAAGCUGUGUCUACGAUAUCUCUUCCAGGUGAUCUCUCCAAAUUUGGUUCUGUCAACACUUUCAAGCUUCGUCGUGCCGCCAUAGAAUGUGAAUGGAGAUGUCGAAGUGGGAGGAGACAUGGCAGCGUUGCUUGGGCUCUUAACGAUGUGAUGACGGGCUUCUGGAUUGGAGGUAUCUUCAAAGUUGCCAGUGAUGUAUCACAGCUCAUGAUUCCGUUACUUGUCAAGGCGCUCAUCAAUUUCAGCAAAGAAGGCAUGGCGAUCGGCCUGUUCUUCCUCACUGUCAUGCAGUCCGUGUGUCAGCAUCAGUUCUUCUUCCGGUCUAUGGCGAUUGGUGUGCUAGCAAGGGCUACCUUGAUCUCCGCCAUCUACAAGAAGGCAAUGUGUUUAAGCGUCGCUGGGCGGGCAAAGCAUCCCAACGGCAAGCUUCUAACCUACCUGUCAAGCGACAUAUCCCGUAUCGAUUAUUGUGCUCAAUCUCCCAUCCAACUGAUCAUCACCUUGAUUUUGCUCAUCAUCCAAAUCGGUCCUUCCGCGCUGGUCGGGUUUUCGUUGUUUGUCGUUCUUGCUCCUUUGCAGACCUGGUUUAUGAAAAUUAGCUUUAAGGUCAGGAAGAAAUCCAUGCGAUGGACGGACUCACGUUCGCGCCUCUUGAGAGAGCUUCUGUCGUCCAUGGAAAUCAUCAAGGUCUUUACCUACGAGAUUCCCUUCCUCAAGCGGCUGAGCGAAUUUCGCCGUAAGGAGAUGGUAGGAGUCCGCAAGAUACUCGUGAUCCGGGCUGCCAAUCAAGCACUCGCUUUCAGUGUCCCGGCUCUUGCAUCGGUGCUUGCCUUCGUGACUUAUGCCGCGACGCAUGACAGCUUAGAUCCAGCUUUGAUCUUCACCUCGCUUGCAUUUUUCAACCUAUUGCGUCAACCCUUGAUGUUUCUGCCCCGAGCGUUAUCAUCGCUGACGGACGCCCAAAAUGCUGUUGAGCGUUUGACAGAAAACGGCCAUGCGAUCGAUCCUACAAGUGAAAUGGCGAUUUUAGUUGACAAUGCCACUUUCUCUUGGUCGGUGGACGCCCAAGCCAACGAUGCUAAAUCCUUCAAGAUCCCCAACCUUGUCAUGAAGAUCGCUCGAGGCAAAAUCGUGGCCAUUGUCGGAUCUGUCGGCUCCGGAAAGAGCAGUCUUUUACAAGGAGUGAGUUGCGGAAAACAGGAUCAAGCUGAUACAGAUCAGCUUAUCGGGGAGAUGUCCAUCCUGAGCGGAAGCGUUACAUUUGGUGGUCGACUAUCAUAUUGUCAGCAGAAUGCUUGGAUACAAAACGCCUCCGUCAGAGAGAACAUUCUUUUUGGACAAUCAUGGGAUGAAUCGCGCUACUGGCAAGCCGUAAAGGAUGCCAAUUUGAUGACUGACUUGGAGAUGUUCGCGGACGGAGAUCUAACAGAGGCUGACAUCGACUCAGGUAUAAAUCUUUCAGGAGGUCAAAAGCAAAGGGUCAACAUAGCUCGAGCGAUAUAUCACAACGCAGAAGUAGUACUUUUCGAUGACCCAUUGAGUGCUGUGGAUCCGCAUGUUGGAAAGGCGCUCUUUGAAAAUGCGAUAUUGCCACUUAAAGCGCUGGGUAAGACGGUCGUCUUGGUGACUCACGCCAUCCAUUUUCUACCCAAAGUGGAUCACAUUUACUUCAUGUCGGGGGGAAGUAUUGCAGAACAGGGCACAUACGAAGAACUGUCCCAGUCAAAGGGUUCUGCUGCAAAAUUGUUCUCUGAGUUUGGAGGCUCGCAAAUGGAGGACACUGAGGAGCAGUCAGACGAGCGCCUCGAGGUAGCAGAGGCUGCUAAUGAUGAUCGACCGACCGGACCUGAGAAUAGCAAACUUACAAGUAAAGCUGUUGGAACCGGGAAGCUCGAGGGUCGGUUGAUGAUAGUUUACGCUGGAUACUUGCACGCUGGUCGAUCCCGUUAUACGUUGCCGCUGACGCUACUUUCUGCAACGAUCAUGCAAGGAUCCCAAGUAAUAGCGACCGUCUGGUUGACUUGGUGGCAGGAAGGGCGUUACAAUCAGCCAUGGAACGUCUAUCAAGGUGUUUACGCGGCGCUUGGGAUGUCUCAAGCGAUAUUCACCUUCGCAAUGGGCGCUAUCAUGGGUAUCUUGGCGAGCUUGGCCUCUCAAAAUCUUCAUUCCUCCGCCUUGGCGAAUGUAUUUUAUAGCCCAAAAUCAAUGUUCGACACUCAGCCAUUGGGUCGGAUUCUUGGGGUUUUUGGCAAAGAUAUAGAUACUAUCGACAAUCAGCUCCCGGACUCACUUCGGAUGAUGGCGUUAACACUUGCGACCUUGAUAGGCUCCGUCAUCAUCAUCACGGUUUUCUUGCAUUAUUUCAUUGUCAUUAUAUUUUUCGUUGGCGUGGGCUACUGGUAA